AUGGCGGAGUCGACCACAAGCACUCUCAUACAGCCGCCGUAUCGAGAGUUGUUGACAGAAAGACUCUACCUACGGACGUUCCGGCCAUCGGAUGCAAAGGCCAUACUACCAAUACUGUCUGACCGAAACGUCAUGCAAUGGACAAGUCAGGGCGUGCAGACCGACCUAGAGCAGGCAGAACGAUGGGCCAGCACACGAUCUCUAGGACCUUCUGUAUUUAACUUUGUCGUAUAUGAGCGGUCCAAGUACAACACCCAUCCUGAUGAGGCACCCAUCAUUGGUGUCAUCGGAUCAUUCAACGCACCGUUCGUUGGCUAUGUCUUUAAUGCAGAUUAUUUCGGCAAAGGCUACGCAACAGAGGCCAUGCAAGGCCUCAUCCAGCAGAUAUUCGACCACUUUGCACCAAGGUCGCAAAACGACAUCGCUUACGACCAUAUCGAAGGCUGGACGGACGCACUGAAUACUGCAUCACGGCGAGUCCUGCUGAAAUCUGGUUUCACUCUCUGCGAGACACGAAUGCAGGACUUCACCAGCAUUUCAUUCAACGAAGUGCGAGAUACAGCUGUCUUCCGGCUCGCUAGGCCCGGAAAGUCGCUCGCGGACCUGGGACUUCUACCUGGUAGUACGCCAAAGGAGGAUGAGCGACCGAUCCCGCCGAUAGAGUGA